AUUUUAUAAAACCACUGUGGCUUAUGAGUAUUUUGGUGAAAAAGUAGCCUAUUUCUAUCGGUUUCAAACAGUUUAUAACUUAUUAAAAUAGAAAAUGCUAUUUUAGAAAAAUCUUUACCAUUCAUUUUAAUCUGUACUUCCUAUUGAAAUCGCAUCCGCUCCGCUCCGUUCCGUUCCGUCAUCGAUUUAAGAUUAUUUCCUUCAUAUAUCCCAUUUUGUUUUGGAAUUCGUCAAUUUGUGCGAUAAUGUGAGUGGGGCUGGACGUGUAAAAUAACUUGGGACAUUCUCUAUAUUAAAACAAUCUGUGUUCGCAUUUAUUAAGAAGAAAAAUAUUAAACAAAAUUUAAUAAAUUUGACGAGCAACAUUGAAGCGAUGUUGGUGGAUUGGGGCAGUCUCCCGCUCUUGCCUUUGGGAUGCGUAUUGAAAUAUCUAUGCACCAAGGAUGCGUUGGUGGCGUCCUCCGUCUGUCGCCAUUGGCGUUCCGCUCUUCUGAUGUUUGGAGCACGCAUGGAUAUGCUCAAACUGCGCGUCAGUCACAUGGAGAAAAGCUGCUUCUUAACCCGCGUGUUUAGAAAGCAAGUGAAACUCAUCUACAUAUUCAUGGAUUCCAGCGAAGAAGACCUAAAGCAUUUCAUGUCUAAUGUAUUUACUCAAUUUUACGACAUGAAAAUGAUAAAAGAAAUUACAUUUGUUGGGCCAAUCUACUUACAAGAGGAGUAUUUUUCACCAGUGUUUAUGCUCAAACGAGAAACAUUGGAUUCGUUGCCGUUCAAUAACUUAGAAUCGCUGAACCUUAUGGGCUGUACUAUUAGCCCGUUGGAGUCGGUUAAAGAAGACGAAUACACGUGUUUAGAGUCGGAGUGCGACCCGCUAGCUUUAUCGUUCAAUAAUGUCUUGAAACCCGGAAAAGGCGUCAACUUGGCCAACGCGACCGCACUCUCAAUGAUUCAAAUUUUAACGAUCGAUUAUGACUUCGUGGAUUCAGAUUUAGUGAAACGUCUCUCAUGUCUGAAACAAUUCCAUUUCCUAAACAUUGAUGUCACUGAUAAAUCUGAUAUCGAACGCAAGCCGUUAAAUUGGGACAAAUUGAACACAUUCUUUCCGAGAGGUCUCAAAAUUUGUGUUAGUAUGAUCUGUGUGCCGCAGAGCAAGUUCCCCAAAGUGAUGUCGCACGUGUUGGUGGAGGAAAUGCCGCUCACCUCUAUGAAGGUUUUGUUUUGUAAAACGUUUUGUCUGGCAAUGCUCAAGCUGUUGACGUAUUACUACAAGGACACUCUGCGCGAGCUGGUGUGGGUCGACAGCCCCUUCGACCCCGUCCUGGAUAAAGAAAUAUUGCUGAAGGAAGCCAGCGACGAUGCGUUGGAGGUGGCGAACAUGUUCGACCCGCUGGUGCUGCUCUGCUGGCAGUGCUCGGAGCUGCAGAGGCUCGUCUUACACGGUGCGUAUUACAAAUACAAAUUUUUAUUGGUAAGCGAAUUACAGGUUACAAUCUAUAUAUAAUUAUAAUAAAGCGUAAACACACACU